AUGGCGUAUCGUCAACAGCAGAAUCAGAAUGUUGGACACCAUCAAAUACCCGGGAACCCUAGAACUACAGCAUUCGCCCACUCACAGUUUAAUUCGCCAGUCUAUGGAAUCGACCCGGGUCUUCAAUUGCAAAGCAGUCCUCAAGGUCUUCAGCCGCAGUCGGCGAGGCAGGGACGACAUUCGUCGAACGAACGUGGAUCGAUGCAGCCUCCUAAUAUUUCAUCGCCUCGAAUGAACAGUACUUCCCCGGGCCCGGCCUUCUCUUUCAAGCCCAUUGACAGAGCGUUACCAUCUCGGGAUGUCACGCCGGAAACAAUAGCAGACGCCUAUGUGAACUUCAUUCUCUAUGCCAACCCAAACUUCGCUCUCGACGUUGACACAUCAACUCUCAAGCAAACUUUCGAGACUGGACUGCCGAAAAGCGACAACAAGGAUUUUGAGCCAUAUCGACUGUUCGAACUCCUCAAGAAGUUCGAUUCCAAGGAGAUCAAAACGUGGAACCAAUUGGCUCUCGAUCUCGGAGUCGAGCCUCCAGACCCGUCGAAGGGUCAAUCUGUUCAAAAGGUCCAGCAAUACAGUGUACGCCUGAAACGAUGGAUGAGAGCAAUGCAUAUCGAUGCCUUCUUCGAUCAUCUGAUGGGGAAGCAACAUGCGUAUUUUACAGAGAUUCCGAACCCCAAUGACCCAUAUCCGACGAGUGGGAGAGAUGGUGUCACGGCUGAGGAGGACCUUGCCAUCAGAGCACUGGAUCCCUCGUUCAGACCGAAGAGAGGUCGAAGGCGCAAUUCUGAGACCGAGCAAGAUGACAAGAAUGACAAUGAUAGUGCUACGAAGAGUCAAUCAACGGCUGACAGCGCCGCACCGUACUCAGCUGCUCCAAUGUCUGCAGUCCCUAUGAGUGCUCACCCAGAUAGCUACCAGGAUCCUUGGGCAGUCGCUUCAGCAGUCACACCACAAAGCUUUGCCCCAUGGUCUGCGAGGACACAGCCUUCCGCAGUACCGGCAUCUGCUACUUCGAACCUACGCUGGCAACUGGGUCAUUCGCAAACUCCUGGAACUCCACAUCCUAUGAGUGCUGUGCCACCGUCUAUGUCCGCGCACAUCGAUGCAGCUUUUGACGGAGAGCCAAAGUCAGCUGUGACACCAUCCCGGAAAAGGAGAAGACAUGGUCCAGCAGUGUCAAGCGCCUGGCCUUCGAAUAGUGCUCCCGGUGCCAAACCCAGGGGUCGACCACCCGCAAAUCGUAACACACAAGAUGGUCCAUUCAGUACAUUCCCUGCAGACCCAACGAACGCCAAAUCGAAGAGUCAAGCCAACUCCACCGCACCCACGCCUCCAGACAAAAAUAUCAUAGAACAACCAUCCCCUCAAGCCAGCACACCCCUAUCCCAGCCCGGCGAGGGACGCCCAGGUCGCCUCUCACUCCAGGUCCCGCCUCACACAGGCGGUCCAGUACGUCUAGCAACCCCACCGACCCUCCUCGUCAACGGCGAAACAAACGAAAGCGAAACGCGAAGCGACUCCGAUGACCCUAGCAGAGUCGCUGCCUUGCAAGCUCAAUUGAACGCAGACCGAACGAUCGAAGACCGCCCUCCCAAUUUCUCAUUCGAAAACCUCCGGCGUGUAGUAGCGAGCGACCUCCUCCGAGCCGAUAUACGAGGUCGCAGACAACGUCUAACUGGCGACGAAGGGAAACGUCUGGCGGAUUCGAUACUAGACCGAUUGAAUGUCCCCCGAACAGACGCUGGGAACCCUCGCGAGGAUCUAGCGAGACUCACAGCGGCCUCGUGGCUCGGUGUAGGUGAUCAGUUCAAUGUCCCUCUGGGCCCUACAGCCGGCCACGGGAAACGGAUCAACGUCACGCGAUUCCGGACAGAUGCAGAUGGAUACGAGGAGAUUACAUAUGAUGAGUCCGUGGAGGAUUGUCGAGAGGUCUUCGACAUCUACUGGCACGUCUCCCAAGGCAGCUGCAUGGGCACCUUCGAACUCAAAAACCUCUCCCUCUCCUCCGGGCCCCUCUCCACCUCCACCUCCACCACCUUCCCUUCCUCCUCCUCCGACAACCCCGGGGAAUCCACGCACGACCUCGUCGUGCGCAAAACCCUCGAAGCAAUGAAGAACAUCACCAAACAAGGCUGGCUCGAAGAAGCCCUGGCGGAAAUCUACAAAUCCUCCGUCAAGGACUUCCACGGCGGCGCCGGGAUGGUGGAGGAGAAUGUGGAUUGGAAGGCGAGGUGUCGGGCGAUGGAGUUUGCGAGUAUGGUCGCCAAGGGCGAGGUGGAGAGGUCACGGCAGAGGUUUUUGGAGAAGGUUAUGGAUGCUUUGCUAUGA